AUGAUCAUUGGUAUCCUGUUCGCAUCGCACGUCUACUAUCACGCCAUGGGUGGCCAGGGAUUCUUGAAGGCCAGACGAUAUCAGGAAGAGGUACAUAAGCUGGACAACGGAACACAAUUGUAUUUGCCGAUGCGUAAAGUUGAGAAACCUGUGCAAGGGAAGCCUUUCUGGGACCUGAUUGGCAGGUCGCCCAAAAAUAUUCCUUUCUACACAUGUGGAGAUCAGCUGAACAGCUGUGACACUUUUGGUCAGCCAGACAUAUGCUGCCCAGUGACGAUGGCAUGCUAUCGCGCAAAGUUUACACCAUCUGGAAUCGCUUGUUGCAACUCGUCAGCAGAUAAAUUCGACUGUGAACCUUCCGAAGAUAACCCUCCAACGUGUAUGAAAGGUACUGUUCAAUGUUCCGAAGCAACAGGAGGCGGAUGCUGUCCUUCUGUAUCAGAAUGUUCGCCGAAUGGAUGUAUCCAUGUUGUCAGCGCCAGUAUCCUCGGCGCCAGUCCGACAGAUUCAUCUUCUGCCAAUGACGUAUCCGAAUCUGCUCUUUCAACUUCUUCUGUGACACGUAACAGUAUGAGCGCUGUGGAAACUCCACUCUCUACAGUCACCGUCACCCAACAGCCGGCUUCAACGCAAACCCUUGCCAAGGCGGGAGAAGUGAUGCAAGCCAGAGGAUCGAAGGGGUCCAUUGUGAUGGCACUUUGUGUACCGUAUUCUACAGCGUGUCUGCUAGUUGGCGUUGCCACGCUGAUGGGAUUACUAUAGGCUGAUCCAGCAAAUUUGGAUGUAAUUGGACAGCUGGGGCCGGCAAAUGUCUCUGUUUGUGCCCGCAAAGACAGUCUUCAUUUUGGGAGAUAUAGACACUUGAGACUUCACAAUGACCGACGGCACGAAAAUAUGGAGCUUCUCUUAACAAAGCUUCCAAAAUGCGCGAUCAAGGUGAAGAGAAUAUAUUUAGUCAACCGAUGCAAG